AUGGGUUUUGAAGGACUUUUCUAUGUAGACAGUGUUGGUCUUAGUGGUGGUUUGGCUCUAUUUUGGCGGAGAAAUAACACGGCCAGGCUGUUGAGCUUUUCGAAGAAUCAUGUUGAUAUUGAGGUGACGAUGACAGGUUUAGGAGAAUGGAGAAUGACGGGUUUCUAUGGAUUCCCGGAGCGGGGUCGCAGGAGUGCCUCAUGGGACCUUUUGCGGACUUUAGCUGACCGAUCCACCCUACCUUGGGUGGUAUUGGGUGAUUUUAACGAUCUCCUGUUCCAGUAUGAGAAACGUGGGGGUAAUCCGCACCCUGAAAGUCUGCUUCGCGGUUUCGGGGAGGUAGUGGAUGAUUGCGGGUUAAUUCAGUUACCUAUGCGGGGUUACCAGUUCACAUGGGAGAGAGGCAGGGGUACUGAAGAGUGGAUGGAGGAGCGUUUAGACAAGGUUCUCGCUCGUGCUGAUUGGUGUAAUUCUUUACCGGAAGCUAGUGUAACCAACAUUCUCACUCGCAAUUCUGAUCACUCAGCUCUCUUUCUGGGUGUGAAGGGGUCUGCACGGAUUGUUGGAGGCACUGCUAGGAGAUUCAGGUUUGAGAUGGCAUGGGCAUAUUAUGAAGGUUGCAGACAACAAGUAGAGGUCGCGUGGCAUGAAGGCAGGUCUGCCGGAUUGUUAGGCUGUCUCCAGCACUGUGGUAAUAAACUGCUCAAUUGGGGAGGUGAUCACUUUCACAAGUUUGGUGAUAAAAUCAAGAACAUGAGGCGUGAACAGGCACUCUUGAAGGGCAGGUUGGAUCCUACUUCUCUCCAGAAGUACCAACAGCUCGAGACUAUGCUGUGUCAGUUGGAGGCCCAGGAGGAGGCAUUCUGGAAGCAGAGGGCAAAGCAGCACUGGCUCAGAGGGGCAGAUGCUAAUACAAAGUUCUUCCACAUGUAUGCCUCUGCUCGUAAGAAGAAGAAUACUCUUAAUAGAUUACGAAAUGAUUCCGGUAUUUGGGUGGAGCAUGAAGAUUUAAAUGUUGUUGUGCUUAACUAUUUUCGUAAUAUUUUUACUUCAAAUGCUUCUGCUUCUUCUAUGGAUGAUUUUACUGCAUCUGUUAUCCCUCGUGUGUCUCAAGAUCACAAUAAUUCCCUGCUAAGGCCUUUUGAGGUAGAAGAGGUAAAGGUUGCCUUGUCAUCAAUGUUUCCCGAUAAAGCCCUAGGUCCGGAUGGUAUGAACCCGGGUUUCUAUCAGCAGUUCUGGGACGUGGUGGGGUCCGAUGUGUCUUCCUUUAUCCUACAUUGCUUGAAUACUUGCUCUUUUCCGUCUGGUCUCAAUGACACAAAUGUAGUUUUUAUACCGAAGAAGAAGUGCCCGGAGAUGGUGUCUGACCUGCGGCCCAUUGCUCUCUGUAAUGUGGUUUACAAGAUCAUGGCCAAGAUGGUGGCGAAUCGUAUGAAACCAUUGCUAGGGGAAAUUAUAUCAGAUUCUCAGAGUGCUUUCAUCCCUAACAGACUAAUUACCGACAAUAUUCUGAUUGCUGCAGAGGUGGGUCACUUUCUUAAUCGCAAACGAUGUGGUGCAGUAGGAUGGGGUGCUCUUAAAUUAGAUAUGGCAAAGGCAUACGAUAGAAUGGAGUGGACUUUCCUGCGUCGGAUGCUAAUAGCAUUGGGGUUUGCUGAGGCAUGGGUGAAUCUGGUAAUGUUGUGUGUUACCACGGUUUCCUACAAUUUUUUGGUUAAUGGAGAUAUUGUUGGCCAGCAAGCGGAAGCGAGAGGCUCUUUUCAUGGGUGCAGGGUUACCAGAGGGGCACCCCCUGUGUCUCAUUUAUUCUUUGCUGAUGACAGUCUCUUGUUUUUCAAAGCUAAUGCGGAGGAAGCAGGAGUUAUAAAGCAGUGCCUUAUUGAAUAUGAGGGGAUGUCAGGUCAGGCAGUCAACUUCCACAAGUCUAGUAUAUGCUUUAGCAGGAACACAUCUGAGGUUCACAGAGAGGAAGUGGCGGUAGUGUUGGGAGUGUCACAGGCUCCUAAUUUUGGAAAGUACUUAGGUUUACCCUCCUUCAUUGGGAGAGAGAAGAGGGCGGUGUUCUCUUACAUUGAGGAUAAGAUAAGGCAAAGGAUAGGCUCUUGGAAUAAGAAGUUGAUAUCUCAGGGCCAUGAACAGGUAUUGGUAGGGUUCUGGAAUGAGAGGGGCAUACAUUGGAAGGCCUGGGAUAAGCUGUGUAUUCCUAAGAAGUAUGGUGGUUUGGGUUUCAAAGAUCUCAGGGCUUUCAAUCUGGCAAUGUUGGGUAAACAAGCCUGGCGAUUCUUAACAAGGCCUCAGUCUUUGGUGGCAAGAGUAUAUAAGGCCAGGUAUUUUCCCAAGUCCUCUUUUGUUGAUGCUGCUUUGGGUAGUAACCCAAGUUUCUGCUGGAGGAGUAUUAUGGCGGCCCAUGAGUUGGUUUGUGCAGGAGUCCAGAGAAGGAUUGGUAAUGGAAGAACCACUUUAAUUUGGGGUCACCCCUGGUUACCUGAUGACCCAUCCCCUAUGGUUCAUACCCCCAUGCCCGCUGUGCUUAAUGGUUCAGUGGUUUCUGGGCUAAUCAAUCCUGAUUCUGGCACGUGGGAUCUUUCGAUCCUACAUGACAUUUUUACUCCUAAUGAUAUUGAUCGUAUACUGACAAUACCUAUUAGCCCCCAUCAUGAGGAUUCCUGGUUUUGGUUGGGAGACCCGAAAGGAUGUUAUACGGUGAAAGAAGGGUAUAGGAGCGUGAUUGGAGAGGUUGUGAGUACCCCUGGGACUUUUGAUAGUUGGUUACAUCUCUGGAAGAUCAAAUGCCCAGCUAAAUGGAAAAUGUUUAUUUGGAAAGCUCUAUCUAAUGUUCUUCCCACCACUACCAAUUUAAUUAUAAAGAGGGUAGAGGUAGACCCAUCAUGCCCUAUGUGUGGGAUUUUGCAUGAGGAUGUUAUGCACUCUCUAGUAUUGUGUGAUUAUUCAAGGCUAGUUUGGAAUGAAUCUUCAUUGCAUGUUCCAAGUGUGAUUGAUGUUGACUUUAUUGGGUGGUUCCAAAAUGCCAUGACCAUGCUUAACAAGGAAAAUAUGUUUGUUCUUGUAGCUGUGUUGUAUCAUAUUUGGAAGGCAAGGAAUCAUGCCGUGUGGGAUGCCUAUCUACCAGCUCCAGGACGUGUGUGGCGGAUGGCCACUACCUCGGCUACUGCAUGGAAACAAGUUCACGGAGCACAGGCGCCGCUCCAGCCUCCAAUCGUUGCGGCAACUGCUACGCAUGCGACACAGUCCUCACAACAGCAACUCCACGCUGCGGUCGAUCACCCACUGCCGAACGAUGGACUCCCAAGGUGCUUUUUCGAUGCCAGCUACUGCCCACGUACGAGAUCAGCCACGGUGGGCGCAAUGUUGGUCACCAACGACUCCCAGUUCAUUGCGGCCUUUUGUGCUCCCCUACCGCCAUGCUUCUCACCCCUUAUGGCGGAAUCUUUGGCGUGUAAGGAGGCUCUAUCUUGGCUCAAGAAUCGGGAAUCAACAUCAGUUCGUGUCUACACCGAUUGUUCCACUGUCAAGGAUUUACUUUAUUCGGUUAAUCCUAGUCUUUUUUCAUAUGUUAGUUAUUCAGUUGAUGCCUCUAAGGCUCUUAUGUCAUCUUUUGUUUACUGCUCGGUUGAUUUAAUUCCUAGAACUCAUAAUCAGGGGGCACAUACACUUGCUACAGAGGCCCUCGCUCAGGGGGCUCCAUUGUUUUGGGAUUCAGUCCUGCCGAACUCUAUUGCUCACUUAUUUUAA